GCUUGACUCCGGAGCCCGCUCCCUAGCCCCGAGCCGCACCAGAGGGCGCUGGGCCCGGCAGGGAGAGAUGAGCAGCAACAGUACCAAGCGAGCACCCACGACAGCUACCCAGAGACUCAAACAGGACUACCUGCGCAUCAAAAAAGACCCAGUGCCUUACAUCUGUGCUGAACCUCUCCCGUCAAAUAUCCUCGAAUGGCACUACGUGGUACGGGGACCAGAGAUGACUCCAUACGAAGGUGGCUAUUACCAUGGGAAACUGAUUUUCCCCAGAGAAUUUCCUUUCAAACCUCCAAGUAUUUAUAUGAUAACGCCUAAUGGAAGAUUUAAAUGCAAUACACGGCUAUGUCUUUCAAUUACCGAUUUCCACCCCGACACAUGGAACCCGGCGUGGUCGGUCUCGACAAUCCUAACGGGCCUGCUUAGUUUUAUGGUGGAAAAGGGCCCCACUUUGGGGAGCAUAGAAACGUCAGAGUUCACCAAAAGACAGCUUGCUUCGCAGAGCCUAGCAUUUAACGUGAAAGACAAAGUUUUCUGUGAAUUAUUCCCUGAAGUGGUAGAGGAAAUCAAGCAGAAGCAAAAGGCGCAAGAGGAACUCCACAGCCGGCCCCCGGCCCUCCCGCUGCCCGACGUCGUCCCCGAUGGGGAAACGCAUCACGGCCAGAACGGGCUGCCGCUCCUCAACGGGCACAUGCCCUUGGCGGCCGCUAACCACCCAGGCUUCCAGCAGGCCAAUCGGAACCACGGACUCCUGGGCGGAGCUUUGGCGAACUUGUUUGUUAUAGUCGGCUUCGCCGCCUUUGCCUACACGGUCAAAUACGUCCUGAGAAGCAUAGCGCAGGAGUGAAGGCGCUUUGCACCGGUUCCAAGACCAAAUUAACGGUAGCGGCAGCAAAA